GAAAUUAAUGCAGCUAUGGCCUACAAUUGUCGUUACGGCAAGCGCAGCAAUUUUCGACCCAAAGUUCCACAAGACACGGAAAAAUAUUAUCGCUUGGAUCCAACAAAAUCUGCUGCCGAGAAUUGCUAUGAUAUCUAUGCGGCAUUGUGUUGUCGUGAGACACGCGAUAGCAAACGUCUCGAUCUGCUCAAUGAAUUGGCCACAUUAUGCCAGCAACAACAGCAGCUGCUGCAGAAGCAACAAAAAACACAACAACAGCAGCACCACCAUCCAUCGCACCAUCAUCACCAACAGCACACAACAACAACAACGUCACCAUCGUCAUCAUCAACGAACACAACAUCAGGCGGAGCAGCAACAGCAGCCGGCGGCGGCGGGGGCAUUGGAGUCGGUGGCGGUCCUACCACGUUUCCUUCUUUGGCUACAACAUCAACGUCAUUGGCGACCUCGUCGUCGGCGGCAUCAAUAUACAAAAAUAAUUUGGGAUUUAGCACGGAAGAGUUACUCUACUGUUUGAGUGCAUCCCUAAUACGAUCAUUUACACAAGUGAGAGCGGCUGCAUUGCGUACGAUACGUUAUGUGUUGACCACAACCAAGGAUAUCAAAAUAUUCAAUUCAAUGCAAUUGCCGCAUUUAUUAUGUCGAUCGAUUGACAUUAUGCUGAAGAACAAUGAUGAACGUGUUCAGGCCUUGAAAUUGAUACGCAAAAUGCUGGCAAUAUCACCGGAAAAUAUAAGUCCGGUAUUGGUUCGCUGUCUAGUUUCAUUGGCCGAUACGGGCCUUGAGGAAAAAGAUAAAUUACUGAGGGUUUGUCUGGCAACACUGUGUGAAUUUGCCGUAUUGAAUCCAACAUUGCUGAUAUGUUGCGGUGGGGUGACUUCAAUCACCCGCAAUGUGGUGGAAUGUCACAAUCCUCGAAUAGCCGAAAGUUUAAGUGGUGUACUGCUGUAUCUAUUGGAAUGGCCGCAUACACGUAAUAUAUCGGGAGUGCGUUUGGAUUGUUUGGCGGCACCCUAUUGCGAUUUUACAUAUCGUCUGGGGAUUAUGGAUAAGAAUAAAGAUGCUCAUGAACUACGUUACACAAGUUGUCGUUUAGCUUUAUUAUCUGUUCUGCGCAGCUGGACUGGGACCAUUGAAUUCUGUGAUCCAAGUAAACCAUCCGGUUUAAAAGCAAUAGUUGAUGCUUUAUAUUUAAAUCAAAUUGAAGUUAGAAAAGCAAUAUUGGAAUUGCUCUACGAACUAUUGGGUCUUCCACAACCUACUUGGACGACUGAAGAUUAUGCUGUGGCUUUACAGGCGGUUGAUCCGUCUGAUUUCCAAGCCAAUUGGCUAUUAAAGAAUGGCUUCGUUGCUGCCGAGGGUCGCAGCAUAUUGCCGAGUUUGGCAGCACGCGCCCCCAAUAUCUGUGAACAACACUUGGCCUUACAAUUGUACUGUUUUCUAGAGACUGGUCUUCUCAAUGCCUUGGUCGAGGUUAUAAUAUCGAGUGAAGUUUCCGUAUCAGUGGCAGCCACGGUUCUAAUUGGCAAGCUAUUGCAUUUAAUGCAUACCCAUUUGCCGCCGGACAUUUGCAGUACAAGUCCGGCACUGCCGACACUAAUAAAGCAUGCCACCAAGGGUAAUAUAAAUGCAUGUGCCGCCAUAUCAGCACUGGAAUGUUAUCAGAAAAUGUUAAGGAAUCGUCCAGCGUCGAGUAGUUUAUUUUUGGAUAGCAUUAUACAAGAAGGAACCCUCAUACACACAAGACUUUUUCGCCGUGAAAUCAAUGCUCAGGAUAUCCCCUACGCUAGCAGCAGUCUACAAUCACCACCCCCUGAUCCAAAUAGCACCAAUGCCACCACAUAUCCUGGUGUUGGCCAAUAUAGUUCCAUUGGUGGUGUUGGUACGCUGGAUAGACCCCGUCUGGACUCUGUCUCCAGUGACGAUUCAAAUUCUCAGUCAUCAUCAUCACGUCGUGCAAGUUUUCGCUUGAAAUGUAAAUUUUUACCGUUCCUAGAGAAUAUGAAAGUGAAUCGUUUAAUCAAAGACUCGAAUGUAUUAAAUUCCAAGGAUGGCACCGGCUGGGAUUGGGAAGUUAUAUCAACGAUAAUAAGAUCAAAUCUAAUCCGUAAAAUGGAAGAGCCAAGUUUAACGUUCCUCAAAAAUCUCAUUGAUUUCUUUAAGCCAAGUAAAAAUUGUUUUUCCCAUCAAGAACUGGUGCAGGGUAAAACAUUGCCGCCAUUUGUUCAAGUCGGUUUAGAUUUAAUCGAUUGGCUUUUGGCCAUCUAUCCACUGGAAAGUGUUCGCCUACUAACUGAUUUCUUUACCGAUGUGGCCUCCCAGCUAUUGGCCAUAACAACACCAAAUCGUGCACACGAUUGUCUAUUUAGUCCAAAGCAUAUGGAGACUACAAUGUGUCAACAGUAUUUUUUAUUUAUUGGUCGGAUGUGUCGGGCACAAAAGGGCAUUACGAUAUUAACGAAUACGGCGGUGUUUGAACACCUUGUCAAUCUCGUACGCAACACCGAUUACGAAUGUUAUGUAAAAUUAAUUGUAUCGGGUUUGGAUUAUAGUCUAGAAUCUGUUCCCCGUAAAGUUUUGGAAAAAGCUUUAACGGCCGCCAAGGAUACGGGUAGUCGUCUGUAUGCCACACAAUUUCUGGUGGUAUUAUUAAGAGCUCGCAUACCAAACUUUGAGGUAUGGGGUAUACCUUUAAUUAUACAACAAACUAAAGAUCCAGAUCGUAGUGUCGUUUUGGCGGCAAUGGAUGUCCUGGAAGAGGCUUGUCAUGAAAAGUAUUAUUUGGAAGAAAUUGUUAGUCUAUGGCCAAAUCUUAAAACCCUGGGCGAUGUGGGACGUCUACUAAUGGCACGCUACUAUUCUCUGUCGCGUGGUCUUAACCAACCCAAAGCAAAAGUCAAAGAAGAAAUUGAAUAUUGGAAAAAUGGCUACAAUAAGAGAUACGUUUUAUUGGUCGAGGCUGAUACGCAUGCCAGCCUAACAUUGCAUGUGCGCAAUGAAGAAGGCGGUUAUAGUCGUCGUAAUUGUAAUACCCGACCCAUUAUUAUACCACCAAAUAUACCAGCCCAUUUAUAUGGGCAAAUGGUUCAAACAACACAGGGAACAACAGCCUUAAGAAAAUUCGGUGAUCUGCCACAGCUUUUAGAGGUUAUUAGCAGCGGAAAGUGUUCCGAUGAAGCGGAAUGUUUGGAAUUGAAAUCGGCAAUAUGGGCUAUUGGUCAUGCAUCGACCCAUUCAAAUGGCAUUGAAUAUUUUUUGGAAACGGGAACGAGGGUCUAUGAAAAAUUGGUUAUAUUGGCUACAAAGUGUGAUAUUUACUCGAUACGAUCAACAUGCUUCAGUGUAUUGGGUCUAAUUGGAAGCACAAAGGAUGGGGCGAAUCUCCUCUUCAAUCUAAAUUGGUUAUGUGUACGACACGAUCGUAAUACCAUAUGGCCGGUACAUCAACCCGAAGAUUGGAUGUUGGGCAAUUACACACCAUUGCGACAUCAUUUCGACGAUGUACCACCGUAUAAUUAUACGGGUAUGGAAGAUCAAAUCGAUGGUUCCUACUAUACGGGUAGCUAUUCGAAUUUAUUAUUGAGUAGUACCAGUACGAAUCGUGAUGCUAUUGGUGGUGGUGCGGCAAGUGCAAGUUCGGAAGCGCAAGAUGCUAAUACCACCACCGAUAGUAUUAAGACAUCGGGUGAAGAGGUUAGUGUAGAUAAUCUUCUGACAACACAACCAUAUAAAUUUAGUUCACCGAGAGCUAAACUAGAGAAGACAUCAUCUUCUUCUUGUUCACGACAGAUGGGUGGUGGUGGUGUGGCAACACCCACAACUACAGCAGGUGGUAUUGCUAGUAGUAGUACGGCAAGUGGCAGUAGUAGUAGUGUAUUACCGGCAUCCGUAAAAUGGAAAACACUGCCAGAAGGUUCAUGUCUACGGCAUGGUCGGCAUCAACGUUCAUUGUCCGAAUCGAAAACGACCGAUGUUAUAAGUCUUUUGAGUGGCGGAGGAACAGGAGGACAUCCGGGUGUUAUGCCGCCAACAGCAGGUGGUCCAGGAAUGUAUUAUUCACAUCGAACGCGUUACAAUUCAUGUACAGAUUCCAAUACAUCAGGUGUUAGUAGUUGUGAAUCGGUUACGGGAAGAACAGCGGGAGUGGGUGAUCUCCAACAGUUUCCCCUCAGUCCUAUACCCUCAAUGUCAAAUCUGCUGGAAAUACCAUUGGGUCAAUCGUCUCUGUUACGUCGCACCUCAUUAGUUACCGGCUCCUAUUUGCAUAAUGCCAUUAGUCCAGUGGACAUAAAAGGUUAUGCUCAAUUACGUUCCUUGCGACGCCAUUGUCGCCCAGUUCUAUCUGAAUCCGGUGCUGAGUUAUAUGAUAUUGUUGAUCGUAUCGAUUUGUUGUCAUACGCCUCAUUUCGACCACGUAAAUCUUCCUUUGGAGAUUCGCGCAAGAAUAAAGUGCGUAGCUUAGAUCGCCAGACAUCACUGAGAAUGUAUGCGCAUCUGGAUUCGGAAGAGCUGCAAGUACCAUUGCCAACGCUAAAUGCACCCAAAUUUUUAUCACAAAAUGAUUCCAAAGGUCCUUGUUAUGUCGGCAUUUCAUUACCAAAAAAUCUUUUGGAUAUAUUCCCAACCCGCAACCAGCUGAGAACUUAUGUUUCACAAGAUAUUCAAGAUCAGGAUUUAAUGGAUAUUAAUUUGUUGACAGCUAAGCAGCAAUUCCUAAAUGAUUCCCUAAAUAAUGAAGGUGGUGAUGAAUCAUCAAUAAUUUCAUCACUUUCCGAUGUAUCAUCGGUGAGCAAACGAUCCAAAUGGGUGGGCGGUAAACAUGGACGCAGUAAUUGUCUGUACUGCUCAAGGCAAAGGAAACGUUCUCAACGGUUAGAUGGUAGUGGCUCUGGAGAUGUUUCCACUUCGACAUUAUGUGAAAUGUAUACGAAUGCCUCAGCGGCACUGGUUGCAGCGGGCAUACAGGCCACUGUGGCAUUGUCACGCAAAGGUGGAGGAACGACAAAUACUUCCACUACGAAUACCGAUAAUAAAACGGCGACUGGUGCUACAGCAAAUAAACCUCCCUUACAACAACAACAGUACAGCAAUGCCUCAUCAAUACAAUUUUCCGAAUUCCAUUCGCCGGAAAGUAUAUUGAGUGAGGAUAGUUUGCCGGAUCGUUUGACCGCCAAUAUUCUAUAUAAUGUUCAACGUUUGGCCAAUCCCGUCAGUGCCAAACAAUCGAAAAUGGCACUGCUCGAAUUGAAACAAAAACAUCCAGCCUCAUUUCAAGAUAUAUGCCUUUAUUCCGAGGUUUGUCGAACAUUGGGUCGUUGUUCGUAUCGCAUGAAUGCUCGACGAUUUUUGCAGGAAUUGUUUUUGGAUUUAGAUUUUGAUUCGUUCUACAAUGAGCCAUUGGAUAUCUUGAGUAAAAAGGAUAAAGACUCGUUUAAGAAAGUCGACGGAGGAGCCAAAGAGAGGUUGAUGGUGGCAGGAAGUGAUAAAGUCAUUAUGCGCAAGGAUAGGACUAGUGGAGGACGUGGUGGCAUAGAAGCUGGUGAUACAAAAAACGAUAAUGGAACGGCGGCGAAUAAUAGCUCUAGCUCGUUGAAACCGCAUUUAAAGUCCCAACCCUUGGCUAGUGUAUAUGAGGCCAGCUGUGAAAAUCUGGUAUUGGAUCCAUCUCCACGAAUGAAAAAUGCACCGGCGAUAACAACAACGUCGUCGUCGACGGCCACAACAUCAACAACAAAAUCAUCGAAUUUAAAACAGAAUUCAAUGGGUGGUGGUGGUGGAUCUAACCAGAAUGCUGCCACACAAAACUCUUUGCAGUUAAGCGCCGCCAGUGGUGGUGCGAAUAGCAGUGCCGGAGGAGGAGGCGGCGGCGGUAGUGCUAGCACACCCAUUAGUAGUAGUAAUUGUAGUGAUCAAACCUCUACCAGUAAUCGCAGUAGUAUUUGUACCAUUUCCCAUCAGCCGAUGAAUAGCAGUCGUCUGAACUCCUCAACACCCCUGACAUCACCGCCCCUGACCACAAAACCCAUAGAAAAUGAAAAUACCAAAUAUCGUAGAGGACGUUUUUAUACGCUGGAAUUGGAUUUGAGCUGUACAAAAAAUAAGUUUCCCAUAACCGAUAGAACUAAACAGCAAAGUGGCAGCGGCAACAUCAGCAAUACUUUCAAAUUGAUGGCUAAUGAGAAAACGAAUGCCACACCCACAACUGCCACCAAUGCCACCUCCCCCACACAACUGACAUCACCGACGAAAUUCAACACCACCACUAACGGUGGUACUUCUUCAUUGCUACGGCAACAUUCGUUGGGCUCCGACACUUCAACGAAUUAUCGUUUGCCAGUUUCAAGAUUUUCCUAUACGGCGGGUAUGACGCCGUCGACGACGGUAACAUCACCCACUAGCCAAAAUUAUCCUGCAAGUUUACAGUUCCAAAAUAACAACACCACCACCACUGCCACAACACCAAGUUCAAACCAUCCCCCUACCUCUGUCGCCAACACCAGCAUCGCAUCAUCCUCCACUUCCAACACAAACAAUCAAAGAUAUUUCAUAACCAAAAGCUUGGCCGCAUCAUUGGCCCAGCCAAUUGGCACCCUGUACUGUGAGAAACGUUUGCAAUCUUCCAAAUCGGAAGCGGUGUUAAUGCAACAAGCUUGCAAUAGUACCACCACAGCAUCAACAGCCUCGUUUUCAUCCUGCUCCACAACAUCAUCAUCGAUAACUUCGAAGGCCCCGUAUUCGAUGGCGGCAACGUCAACGGCCUUGGAUAGUUGUGAUGGCGGCAAUCAUGCUGGUAAAUAUUCCAUGAUUGCCGCCAACACCAACACCUCGACCACCACAAACACCAAUGCAAAUACCAAUAACAUAACUCAUCCCCCACCCAACAACUCCACCACCACCACCACAACAACCAUUAUAAUCACCUCAAAAAACGCCGCCCCCUCCUCCUCAUCCACCAUUUCAUCAGCAUCAUCAAGUAUUGUUGGUUCAAGUAAGCAAUCAUAA